GUCCAGUAGCAUGUGUUCAGCCGAGCGCAUUCUCUCCUCUCCUCUCUUCUCUUCUCUUCUCUCUCCUCUGUCCUCUUGUCUCUGUCUCCUCGCCGGUACUAGCAUAGGGUCCCGGUAGUAACAUGGUGCGAGGAUCAGGGCGGCACUGAGACACUUCAUAAGGACACCACGACAAAAAAAUAACCCACCCCAAGUCCAGAUCACAUCAACAAGCCGAGAGGAGGAAUCCGGUGAGGUUUUUUUCGGACGCGCAGGUCUGACCCCGAGGUUGUGUCAUUUCUGAGCACACACAGACUCGUCACCAUGGGAAAGCAGAACAGCAAGCUCAGGCCGGAGAUGCUACAGGACCUGAGGGAGAACACAGAGUUUUCGGACCAUGAGCUGCAGGAGUGGUACAAGGGCUUCCUUAAAGACUGUCCAAGUGGCCACCUGAAUGUGGAGGAGUUCAAGAAGAUAUACGCCAACUUCUUUCCAUACGGUGACGCCUCCAAGUUCGCAGAGCACGUGUUCCGCACGUUCGACACCAACAACGAUGGCACUAUCGACUUCCGGGAGUUCAUCAUCGCUCUGAGCGUGACCUCACGGGGGAAGCUGGAUCAGAAGCUAAAAUGGGCGUUCAGCAUGUAUGACCUGGAUGGCAACGGGUACAUCAGUCGUGAGGAAAUGCUAGAGAUUGUGCAGGCUAUUUAUAAGAUGGUGUCGUCUGUGAUGAAGAUGCCAGACGACGAGUCCACACCAGAGAAGAGGACGGAUAAGAUCUUCAGACAAAUGGACUUGAACAAUGACGGUAAGCUCUCUUUGGAGGAGUUCAUAAAAGGGGCCAAGAGCGACCCGUCCAUCGUGCGUCUGCUGCAGUGCGACCCCAGCAGCGCCUCGCAAUUCUGAGUCCUUUAAAAACCAGGCGAUUUGUGCAUGAAGGUUUUCGUCUUUCAUUGUUAUUUGUGCUCCAGACGGAAGAGUUUUAAGAGAAAAAAAAAAGUGCAUCAGUUUAUACUUUUAGUUUCUUUGAAAAAGGGACACACAUACAUCCUGAAGAACAAAGACAACACCCACAAAGACGUCUUCUGAUAUGUCUGCUGCGCUUCGUCCGUCCGUGUCUCUGAGGCCCACGGAGGGCUCGAUGGUGUUUCGCCGCCAUACUGUAGCCUCUCGGUUUUUGGAAGGAAGGACCCUUCCUUGGAUAUUGUGCAUGCACUCCCACUCCUCCCUGCCCUCAGCCCUCAGCCCUCUGUCUCUCGUUCCCUAUGCCUAGCUGUCAUGGUUUUAUUUCAUUCUCCUUUCUUUAUGUUUUCAUAUAAAUGUGUAUAUAUCUAUAUAUACACACACAGUAUAAACACGUAUGAAACAUAUUAGGAGGCUUGUGUAGAUGCCUUUUUCCUCAGACAGUAUUAUGUAGCUCAAGUAUCCAAAUCCGUAAAAAAAAAAAGAAAAAAAAAGAAAACAACUCCAGUAUAUGCAGAAAGUGGACUGGAUGUCAGGAUUUGUUUGCUUAUGAUUUUUAAUUAAGUACAAGAUCCCACUGUUUCCAUUUCGCUUGGUUUUUGUUUACUUUGGUUUUGUACAUAUGUAUUGUUUUCUCCAAGGUUAUUUAUUUGUUCUUUUUUUUUUUUUUUUUGGUGGUGUUUUAACUUUGAUUUCAUAUCUGUGAAAUCAUCAGUGUUCUAUCUUCUUCAGGCCUGCAGCAGUGAUCUCCCUUUGAAGCAAGGUUGUCUCCGAACUGCAGAUCUGAAGCGUACGAAAUAUUCUAAGACCGUAUUAUAAUAAGAUUCAGUCUGGCGUUUCGGAUCUGAAGCUUUAUCGUAUGGGAUUUGCAUCAGGGGAAAUGUUUCGAAGUGUUUGGAAUCAGACGCUUGUAGCACAUGCGAUACGAGGCGCCUCUGUGUGUGUAUGAAUGCGAGUGUGAUGUGCGCAUGAUUUGUGUAUGCGUGUUGACUUUAUAGUAUCACUUUGUGUCAAUUUUGACGUAAUACUGUUUUUGAGCCCCAGGUUUAAGUGGCAAAUCCCCCUACUUCAAAACAAAUCCAAUUUCAGGAAUACAUUCGACUCAAAAUCUGAAAGAAAUGUUCAUAUCUAGCUAAUCAUUUCUAGAAUCUGACUGUGCAUUCAAUUCAUUAUUCUCAGAAAGUCUGUGCUUUAUAUAAAACAUGCUGCCAACAGUUUUGUAUUGAUAUUGUACUUGAGAUUUCAAUUCCCCCAAUUUUUUUUCUUAUUUUUUCGUCCCAACCCCUAAUUUAUUUUUACCGAUUUUUUUUUUUUUACUGCUCUACAUUACUACACUAUAAAACAGCAAAAAAAAAAACUUUCUCCAUCCAAAAUAAGAUUUUACCGCAGUAUUUCCACUCUUGAUUGAAGCUUCAACUUGCUCAUACUCGGUGUCACAACAACUGAGAGAAAAUUUCACCUCCCCUUCUGCAACGCUUUAAUCCACCUCCUACGUUAUUAUUAUUUUUUGUGCAUGGUGAUGGAGGUUUGUUCAUUCUCGCAUUACAGAGUACCAUGUACCGAGACCAUACACGCCUCUGGUCUCUAUUUUUUUUUUUUGUUUUUAUGUUGCAUGAACAACUCAUGUGAAGACAUUCUGAUUGCCCCUCAACCCCAUCCCUUAUUGCUAAAACUGAUGACAAAUAUAACUGUGUUUCAAACUUUGUCUGGAGGUGUUUUCCAUGAUGCAGAAAAGCAGAGGGUUCCUACAAAUUUCAUUUCCAAAUUUCAUACUUUUCCAGAUUGAAAUAUGUAGACUUCCCUAAUCACUUUAAAAACCAUAUUUAAAUAAUGAUUUUAAAUGCUAACUAUAACAUGUGUUAUUUUACAAUCUCUGAUGUAUGUCAGAGUCUGAAUCUCUGAUGUUUUCCAUGUGUUCAGAUGCGUGUUCUGGGGACGCUGUACUGUCAUGGCAACUGCAGACUCACAAUGUAACAACCAAUCACAGCUGUGCAAAUCCAGUCUAAAAAAAUAUUUUAGCCAUGUCCUAAAUAAUUUCUUAUUUGAAAAUGCAUAUUUUACUCUCCGUUUUGGCCUUCCGUCCACACUGAGACGGUGUUUCUUAGUCAAACGUAGAAAAAAAAAACGCUCUAAAAAGUGGAAAAAGUUAGAAGCACUGUUUUUGCGUUUGUGACACAUUUUUAGUCAUUUAGUCACAAAGUCAAUAAACGGCAGAAAGAAAUGA